AUGCAGCUCGCUACGCUGCAGGCCUUUGUCGCCUCGGCCGUCGUCAUUCUCGCGCCCGUCGCUGACGCCUCGGUCCUUCACCGAAACCUCCACCACCAGGCGCGCCGACACACGCACCUGCACCAUGAGCACCACCGCGCUCUCGAGAGCCCCCCCAGCUCCGUCUCCUCGGUCGUCAAGCGCGGCACCUGCGCCUUUCCUACCGACGACCCCAACCUCGUCGCCGUCACCCCGGACCAGAAGAAUGCCGGCUGGGCUAUGAGCCCUGAUCAGUCCUGCGAACCCGGCCACUAUUGCCCCAUCGCCUGCAAGGAGGGCAUGGUUAUGAACCAGUGGCAGCCCGACUCGACCUACACCUAUCCUUCCUCCAUGAACGGUGGUCUCUUCUGCGACGACAACGGCAACAUCAAGAAGCCCUUCCCGGGCGAGCCCAAUUGCGUCCCCGGCACCGGUACCGUCAAGGCCAUCAACAAAUGCGGCAAGAAGAUUUCCUACUGCCAGACUGUUCUGCCCGGCAACGAGGCCAUGCUUAUUCCCACCGUUGUUGACUCCAUGUCCACCCUCGCGGUUCCCGGCAUCUCCUACUGGCAGAAGACAGCUGCCCACUUCUACAUCAACGGUCCCGGUGUUGGUUCCGAGGGAUGCAUCUGGGGCACGGAUUCUAACCCUCUCGGUAACUGGGCCCACUAUGUCGCCGGUGCCAACACGGAUGCUAGCGGCCAGACCUUUGUCCAGCUCUCCAUCAACCCCAUGUGGAAGAGUUCCGCCCUCUUCAGCACCAAGCCCGGCUUUGGUGUCAAGAUUGAGUGCCCUGAUGGUGGCUGCAACGGCCUUCCCUGUGAAAUCUCAGAAGAGGGUGAGAUCAAGAGCAACAACCUCGCCAGUGGCGCUGGAGGCGCCAGUUUCUGUGUCGUCACUGUCCCCAAGGGCGGCUCUGCUCACAUUGUUGCCUUUGAUGGCUCUGGCGGUCACUCUUCCGCCCCCGCUCUUGGCAACGCCGCUGCCGCCCAGGACUCUUCUUCUUCAUCCUCGUCAACGAGCUCCUCCACGCCGCCUCCGCCAUCCACCACCUCGACUCACAGCUCUACCCCUUCGCCCACGCCGACCAGCACCAGCACCAGCACUACUACCAGCUCUAGCACGCGGACUACCACUACCACCUCUUCUCACACCACUACUACCUCCACCACCACCACCACCACUACUACUACCACUGUCAGCACGCCUUCGUCUACCACCAGCGAGACUCCCACCGUGCAGCCUGGUAUCUUUCACGAAGAGAAUAACAGCACCGCCACCCACACCGCCAACAGCACCUAUGCAGGAUCUCCAAGUAGCCCUCAGGCCACUCCUACCACCAAGGACAAGAAGAAUGAGUCUGGACGUCAGCAGGGCAGCACUGCCAUUGUUAGUCUUGUCUUUGCGGUGGUCGCCGCUGCUUGCUUUUACUAG